AUGGCAGCUCGAUUCGGCGUACGGACCCUGGCCACACAAGCAAGUACUUCCCUUCAACCCGGCGCAGUCGCAUCGACCCUGCAGUCAUUCAAGGCCUCCUCAAAGGGCAAAGGCAAAGCGGCCAAUAUUGAUGUCAAUGCUCUCUCGCUGCCACAGGUCAUCGCCAGUCUUAAGGCCGAGGCCCGAGGCGAUCGUUCGACGUCUUACGAGAUCAGGAUACACACUCGCCUCGCCCACACCCAAAAUGUCAACGCGCUCAGAGGCCGGCUCUUUCUGCCUCACCAAGCUGCCAACCCGAAGAAGCGUGAGACCGUGCUUGUCUUUGCGGAAGGCGCGGAAGCCGAGGCGGCUCGCCAGGCCGGUGCAGACAUCGUAGGCGGAGGCGAGUUGGGCGAGGAAAUCCUGCAGGGUCGCAUCAAUCCGACAAAGGUCAUCUCUACGCCUGCCCUCAUGCCUGUCAUCGGUCGGACGCAAGGCUUGGCACGAUUGCUCGGUCCAAAGGGCCUAAUGCCCAACGCUAAGAGAGGCACCGUCACCAACGACAUCAAGACAGCCGUUCAAGAUGCACGCGGCGGACUCGAUUGGAGGGCAGACUCGCAAGGUGUCGUUCGGGCAGCCAUCGGGAGGAUGUCGCUGACCUCCGAGCAACUGACCACCAACAUCAACGAUCUUGUGUCCGCGGUUGCGACCGUCGCCAGAGGCGAUGAAGAUGAGGAGCUGCUCUCGACAAGCCGAGGCAAGAAGCCAAAGCCGAUAGCUCAUGUCUUUCUCAAAACAGCGCAAGGGCCUGCGAUCGAAGUGCGCGAAUUUACAACAUAG